GAGUCGCGACUUGGCUCGCCUCUUCAUUGUCUCUCUUCCCUCCCGAAGUGUACCGGGCUGUGUAGCACGCGCAGUCGCAGCUGUGCUCAGAGAGAGAGAGAGAGAGAGCGACGAAGAUGAAGGAAGGGGACGUCGAGAUGUCUCCGGCGGACUCCGGCGAAGCGGAGUUGGACGACAUGAAGAAGCGAUUGAAGGAGAUGGAGGAUGAAGCCGCUGCCCUGCGCGAGAUGCAGGCCAAAGUCGAGCGAGAGAUGGGUUCCGUCCAAGAUCCUGCUAAUGCAGCUGCAAGUCAAGCAAAUAAAGAAGAAAUUGAUUCUCGAUCAAUCUUUGUUGGCAAUGUGGACUACUCAUGUACUCCUGAGGAAGUGCAGCAGCAUUUUCAAUCGUGUGGGACAGUGAAUAGAGUCACCAUACGUACUGACAAGUAUGGCCAACCAAAGGGAUAUGCUUAUGUAGAAUUCCUUGAGCCGGAGGCUGUUCAAGAGGCUCUCGUUCUGAAUGAAUCUGAACUUCAUGGUCGUCAACUAAAGGUAACUGCGAAACGAACCAAUGUACCUGGGAUGAAGCAAUAUCGCCCUCGUCGGCCUAAUCCUUUUAUGGGAGCCCGGUUCAGGAGUCCUUACAUGCCUCCAUUUUACCCUCCAUAUGGAUAUGGGAAAAUUCCAAGGUUUAGAACGUCAGUGCGAUACAGUCCCUACUACUGAAUGUAUGUUUCUUGAGGGGGUUGGAUUUACAUUGUGUAGGCACUAGACAGAAGCUGCUCCAGUGCGACCUUUUAUGUCUUUUUUAUGUGAUGAUUAUGUUUGAUCUUUGGGGAAGAAGCUGAAGGGCAUCAGUAUGCAUGACUGAUGUCGUCAUCUUGCGAGAUGUGCAUUUCCAAGUGCAAUUAAAGGUACUUGAGAGUGGAGAAACAAUGUUCUGUUAUAUCCAUUGAUAGUUCAGCUGAUGAGAUUUGCUUAUUGCCAUCACUCUGCUAUCCCGAAUGAUUAGAUGAUUCUGCUGAAGUUAAAAUGCUUCUUUGCGCAA